GCAAUAUGCUCAAGUUUGUGAUUGUCUUAUCGUUUAUUGCCUGUGCGUUUGGCGCUGCAAUCCCGGAGGGUCUGUUGCCCCAGGUGGAUGGACGCAUUGUUGGUGGCGUUGCCACCAGCAUCAGUAGCUUUCCCUGGCAGAUAUCACUGCAGCGUAAUGGCGGCCACUCCUGCGGUGGCUCGGUCUAUAACUCAAGGAUUAUUGUAACUGCUGCUCAUUGCCUGCAAUCCGUCUCCGCUGCCAGUCUGCAAAUCCGUGCUGGUUCCAGCUACUGGAGUUCUGGUGGUGUUGUCUCGAAGGUGGCUGCCUUCAGAAACCACGAGGGUUACAAUCCAAACACAAUGAUAAACGAUAUUGCUAUCAUUAAAUUGAGCACGCCACUAUCCUUUAGCUCCACCAUCAAGGCUAUUGGCCUGGCUAGCUACGCUCCCGGAAACGGCGCUGCUGCCUCUGUUUCCGGCUGGGGUACUCAGUCCUCUGGCUCCAGCUCGAUCCCAUCCCAGCUGCAAUACGUUAAUUUGAAAAUCGUCGAUCGCUCACAGUGCGCUUCAUCCUCAUACAGCUAUGGUAGCGCCAUUAAGAGCACCAUGAUCUGUGCUGCUGCCGCUGGCAAGGACUCCUGCCAAGGUGACUCCGGUGGCCCAUUGGUAUCUGGUGGACAGCUUGUUGGUGUUGUCUCUUGGGGCUAUGGCUGCGCAGAUGCCAGAUAUCCAGGUGUCUACGCCAAUGUGGCUGAUCUUCGCUCCUGGGUGGUGAACAAUUCCAAUGCUAUCCGAAAAUGCGAAGAAACUAUAACUAUAAAAGACAACGAAAUUUUCAACCAAAUUACAUUCACUUGUAACAUGUUCAAGUUCGUGAUUUUGUUGUCGGUCAUCGCCUGCGCUUUCGGUGCUGCCAUCCCUGAGGGUCUUCUGCCCCAGUUGGAUGGACGCAUUGUUGGUGGCGUUGCCACCAGUAUCAGUAGCUUUCCCUGGCAAAUUUCUCUGCAGCGUAAUGGCGGCCACUCCUGCGGUGGUUCCAUCUACAACAGCCGCGUUAUUGUGACUGCUGCCCAUUGUCUGCAGGGAGUGUCCGCUUCCGCCCUGCGCAUCCGUGCUGGCUCCAGCUACUGGAACUCUGGUGGCUCUGUCGUCAGCGUUGCUAGCUUCAAGAAUCACGAGGGAUACAACGCCAAGACCAUGGUUAACGAUAUUGCUGUCAUCCGUCUAAGCAGCGCCCUGUCCUUCAACGGCAACAUCAAGGCUAUCGGUCUGGCUAGCUCCACCCCCAAUAACGGUGCUGCUGCUGUUGUCUCCGGUUGGGGAACUCUUAAGAGCGGCGGCUCAGUCCCCGCUCAGCUCCAGAAGGUUGACCUUAAGAUCGUCGGUCGCACCCAGUGUGCAUCCAGCACUUACAGCUAUGGUAGCGAAAUUAAGGCAACUAUGAUCUGCGCCGCUGCCUCCGGCAAGGACUCCUGCCAGGGUGACUCUGGUGGCCCAUUGGUUUCUGGUGGCCAGCUCGUCGGUGUUGUUUCCUGGGGUCGUGGCUGCGCCGCUCCCAAAUAUCCCGGUGUCUAUGCCAACGUUGCCGAGCUCCGUGGCUGGGUUUCCAACAAUGCUUAACUUGUUUAUGAAAUAAAGCAGUGAAUUAACGAUUAAAAACGAA